GUGCCUGAGCCCGAGCGGGCCCGCCAGCGGUCGGCCCCGUCGGCGCGGAGGGUCCUGUCGGCGGCGCCCCGGGGCGACCCGGCUUCCCCAUGGUCCUGCGCCGGCUGCCGCGGGCCGGGCUGUGCGCGUAGUGCCCGGCUCUGGCCCCCUGAAGCGCCCGCGGGGGCGGGAGCGGCCUCGGCCCCGCGGAGACGGAGCGGCUGGAGGACGAGGCGGCGGCCGCGGGGAGGAUGGGGGCUAACCAGUUAGUGGUGCUCAACGUGUACGACAUGUACUGGAUGAACGAGUACACCUCGCCCAUUGGAAUUGGAGUUUUCCAUUCAGGAAUUGAAGUGUACGGCAGAGAAUUUGCUUAUGGUGGCCAUCCUUACCCCUUUUCUGGAAUAUUUGAAAUUUCCCCAGGAAAUGCUUCUGAACUAGGAGAAACAUUUAAAUUUAAAGAAGCUGUUGUUUUAGGGAGCACCGACUUCCUAGAAGACGAUAUAGAAAAAAUUGUAGAAGAACUGGGGAAAGAAUACAAAGGCAAUGCCUAUCAUUUAAUGCACAAAAACUGCAACCACUUUUCUUCAGCUUUAUCAGAGAUUCUCUGUGGGAAGGAGAUUCCUCGCUGGAUCAAUCGGCUUGCCUACUUCAGCUCCUGUAUCCCCUUCCUGCAGAGCUGCCUCCCGAAGGAGUGGCUCACUCCCGCGGCGCUGCAGUCCAGUGUGAGCCAGGAGCUGCAGGAGGAGCUGGAGGAGGCGGAGGACGCCGUGGCCUCGGCGGCCGUGGCCAGCGCCGCAGCAGGCCCCAGGCCCGGGCGCCACACCAAACUCUGACUGCCUUCAAAGUCGCAUAUUCGGAACUGUUUCUGGCCGUUGAAUAUCACUAGUGGAAAGUAAAAGAGUAAGCGUCCUCUGGAUGUUUUGUACGUGAGGAUGGCUGUCCCCUCAAAUCCCAGUUUUUCAGCUCAGGAUUAUAUUUGUAAUCAGAUCACUCGGCGCAGGAGGGAGGACUUUGUACGAAGCUGCCCUCUGGUUUUUUUAACCCACUUGUACAUUUGGAUUUACUCCUUCUGUUUUAUACAAGCUCUGCUACGUUACGUUUACAGUAUUUUGUAUCGCUGUUUACAAAUCUCGCAUGGACUCCUGCCGCCGUGAACGAAGAGAAUCUUCAUGUCUUCGGACAUUAGGCAGGUAAUCUUUGUACACUUCUGACAGUUGCCAGAGUUACGGCAUAAAUAAUAGGCACACAAAAAAGUACUUAGGUGGUGGUUGUUCAUCCUCACCUGCUUGAGAAUUGUCCUUUAGUUUGUGUUUGUUUUUGUUACGGUUUUGGUAUCUGGAUGCAGAGAGGCGAGGAGCACACUCCCGGCGGAGGGCCCGGGACCUCGUCUGCUGACCGGUGGCCACACUCGGCCCGGUCCCUCUUAGCACCCCACUCCCUCCCACUCCGCGCAGCACAUCCCGAGGUCCCCGCCCGACGGCUGCCGCUGUUCCCAACACCGUCCACGUCGGCGGGGGGGCCGUGUACGUUCUUGUGUCCGUCUGGCUUGGAUGCCUCUGAUUCUGUAAGGAAGAUGUUUUUUGUUGAAGAUAUUCUUGCUAGUAACUGACGAGGGGUUUUGCACAUGUGUUGGGGGGGGGGCUUCGUUUUUAUCUCAAUACAUACCAACACGAUCCCUGCACAGGAUUUGGUUGAUGGGCAGGAACAUUCUAGAUGGCAGCCUUCUGAGUAGCGGGCUGAGUUGAUACUCACCUGCUUCUGACUAUUCAGGCUGCCUUUCACACUAGACCUUGGGAACUAGUCUAAAGUAACACACUCCCAAAAGGCAAUUGUUUGAUAUUUUAAACACUUUACGUACCACACCAGAAAUAGCACAUGGAGUCUGUUAGUCUGUUACGAGAGUGGUUUUGCCUCGUAAUAGAAAGGCUAGUCUCAUUGACCUCUUGUGUAAAAAUCACGUUUCUGUCCUAAAAUUCAUCCUUUUCUGUUCUCACAUGUAUGUCUCUUACAUAAGAUAACUCUAAGAGUGGAAUCGUCACCACAGAUAAGUCCUCAUUAGCGAGGAAUCUUGUCUGCUCGAGUCCGUUCCCAGUUUGACCGUUGGAUGUGAGAGUCAAGUCAUUCCAUGUCCAGUUCACUUUUUCUGCCUUAAGAAUGAAUGUCCCACAUCAAAUACUGGAUGCAGUGUAUAAAUUAUCAAGGCAGUGACUUCAGCUUUUAUAUAUAUUGUUAGUUUUAAAUCAUCUUUUAUUUAAACUUCUAGGUUGGAUUGUUAGUGCUAUUUCUCUUUGUAAAGAUACAUAACUUUUAGUAAACUACAUUUUUAACUUUU